UGGGUAAGCCCCCAGAUGUCACCUAGCUUCGGGCGUAGGGAGGCAUAGCAGGACUGACUGACUCAGUUGACUGAGCCCUUUUAAGUCGGAGCCGGGUGUAAUCGCCCGCCCAACCAACCAUCGCUAGAAUUCAUCGCAAAAGAAAUGCAACGGCCACACUCUCUCUCCGCGGACAAUUACUCCAAAUCCCUAAAGACCAAAAAGCCCCUAUCCCAACCUCCCCAACCGCGCUCCUCCUUGCCCAUCAUCGUCUUCUCCGUCUUCUGCCUCCUCUUCGGCCUCGCCGGAACUAUCUUCUCUCUCUCCGUCACGCUUCGCCCCAAGCCCGUCCCAGUGUUCCGCUGCGGCCGGACGGAGGACACGUUCCGGGGGUUCUACUCUCUGCCGAUCGCCCGCCGCCUCGGCGGCGACACCGGCGCCGCCGUGGAUCGGCCCAAAUUCCUAGGGUUCGUUGGGAUCCAGACCGGGUUUGCUUCCGCUGAUCGCCGGGCUGCGCUGAGAAGUACUUGGUUCGCUUCCGAUCCCGAUGGCCUUCUUAGGUUGGAACAAGCUACUGGUUUAGCCUUUAGGUUUGUAAUUGGCCGAUCAAAAGAUGCAAAGAGGAUGGCGGAGCUUGAGAAAGAAAUCCAGCAAUACAAAGAUUUUAUGCUCAUAGAUGUUGAAGAAGAAUAUCUAAAGCUUCCAUACAAAACGUUGGCAUUUUUCAAAGCAGCCUUUGACCUUUUUGAAGCAGAUUAUUAUGUUAAAGCUGAUGAUGACAUUUAUUUGCGCCCAGACCGACUCGCAACACUUUUGGCUAAGGAGAGAAGCCAUUCACGGACUUACAUUGGAUGCAUGAAAAAGGGACCAGUGAUCACUGACCCUAAAAUGAAGUGGUAUGAGAAAUCAGGACACCUGAUUGGUAGUGAAUACUUCUUACAUGCUUAUGGUCCUAUCUAUGUUCUUUCUGCAGAGGUGGUGGCAUCAUUGGCUAUUACAAGAAAUGAUAGUUUGAGGAUGUUUAACAAUGAGGAUGUCACUAUUGGGUCUUGGAUGCUUGCCAUGAAUGUCCAUCAUGAAGAUAACAGAGCAAUUUGUGAUCCUCGGUGCACGUUGACAUCUAUUGCUGUUUGGGAUAUCCCAAAAUGUUCAGGGUUAUGCAACCCAGCAAUUAGGAUGAAGGAGCUUCACAAUAUGACCAUGUGCUCCAAGACUCCGACACUGCCACCUGAUGAUAGAUAGUCGACUUUGCCCACACACACUUGGAAGAGUCGGGGCAGGUCCGUUCCAAAGUGCAUUAGGUUUUAGAAAAGCUCCCUCGAGGUAUGGCCGCCAAUUUAUUCAUCCUUUCAAUCGUCGCUGUAUAGUGGAGUGAUCUAGUUCACUGUUAACCAUUCUUUACUAUCGCCAAAAUGACCGCCUUUUUUGUACACAAACACCGGUUUCUAUAUGCUUGAUGAUAAUAGAUGAACAUAAAGAAAUUACUGACUUGA